UCUACUCUGAAACCGCAAUUAAUCAGCCCUCAGGAUCACUAUUCCUGACUCCCCUUCUGGUUGCUUGCCGAGUCAUUUUUGGAGCAGUGACUGUUCACGCCGUGGCCGAUCACAGCACCUUUUGAGCUCAAAAUCGGCCAACCAUGGGCUGCAGUCAGUCGCUGGCGGUCGACCCAAAGGUCGACCAAGACUACAAGCCACCCUUGGGCGAUGCGAAUCCGUCGAAUCCGCGAUGUUGGAUGGACAUUGAAGCGGAUGGCAAGAUGGUUGGAAGAAUUGAGGUGGAAUUGAAAGCUGAUCAGGUUCCAAAGACUGCGGAAAAUUUCCGGGCCUUGUGCACUGGAGAGAAGGGAUUUGGUUACAAAGGUUCCAAGUUCCACCGCAUCAUUCCGCAGUUCAUGUGCCAGGGCGGUGACUUCACCAAAGGAAACGGAACGGGUGGCAAGUCCAUCUAUGGUGAGAAAUUCGAGGAUGAGAAUUUCAACCUCAAGCAUACAGGACCAGGAAUCCUUUCCAUGGCCAAUGCAGGCAAGAACACCAAUGGCAGCCAAUUCUUCCUUUGCACUGUGCAGACCAGCCAUUUGGAUGGUGCUCAUGUGGUCUUUGGACAAGUGGUCAAAGGCUACUCUGUGGUGAAGGCCAUCGAGAAGGUGGGCAGUGGCGAUGGAAUGCCUGGAAUGUUGGUGAAAAUCAAAGACUGUGGCCUGUGUGAAGAGGCAUCCUAGGGAGAUGAGAAGAGGGAACCCUCCUGUGUCCAUAGUUGGUAGCUCGGCAAAGGCGUGCUGCCAAAGUUCAAGCGUUUGCUUGAAAGUUGGACCACUUUUUUGGGAUCUCUAAUCUUCCCACAGAGAAGACUGUGGGUCAAAAAGCUCGAGUGGAGCUUGAGUGUGGCUGUUUGUUUCCUUGAGAUGGGCCCCACGUCCUGCAAAGAGUGCUGGGCAAAGCCGAGCCAAAA